GGAGCGGGGACAGCUCCGGUGCUGAUCGCGACGCGGGGUUUCAGCAGAGCCCGGGCUGACGGCGGCGGUGGCUGUUGGCGUACGCGAGCGGGUGGCGGCAGAGCGGGCGGCGGGCCGCGCUCGGCCAUGAGGCACGAAGCGCCCAUGCAGAUGGCAUCCGCUCAAGAUUCCAGAUAUGGCCAGAAAGAAACAUCUGACCAGAACUUUGAUUACAUGUUCAAACUGCUCAUUAUUGGCAACAGCAGUGUUGGGAAAACCUCCUUUUUGUUCCGAUAUGCUGAUGAUUCCUUUACGUCUGCAUUUGUAAGCACGGUUGGGAUCGAUUUCAAAGUAAAAACAGUUUUCAAAAAUGAAAAAAGAAUUAAGCUACAGAUUUGGGACACAGCUGGUCAAGAGAGGUACAGAACAAUUACCACAGCUUACUACCGGGGUGCAAUGGGCUUCAUUUUAAUGUAUGACAUCACGAACGAAGAAUCUUUCAACGCUGUUCAGGAUUGGUCAACUCAAAUCAAAACAUACUCUUGGGAUAAUGCCCAGGUUAUUUUGGUCGGUAACAAGUGUGACAUGGAGGAUGAACGGGUAAUCUUCACUGAGAGAGGCAAACAUUUAGCAGAGCAACUUGGAUUUGAAUUUUUUGAAACAAGUGCCAAGGACAACAUUAAUGUCAAGCAGACAUUUGAGCGACUCGUGGAUAUCAUCUGUGACAAGAUGUCAGAAAGCCUGGAGAUGGAUCCAACCAUUGCUGCCAGCAAGCAGAACACACAGCUAAAGGACACCCCUCCUCCACAGCAGCCCAACUGCGGCUGUUAAUGCAGCUAUCAGCAAAGGCAGCUCCAGUGUGUUCAGUGGCCAACAGAGUAUUUGUGAAUGGUCUAUACGCCUUUAUUUAUACUGUCUUAUUAAUUUAUUUGGGAGAAAAAUCUUUUAUUUUACAUCAGCAGCUGGUGGAGAAUGCGUAUGGAGGUGUUGGAAUGGUUGUUAGUUUGAAAGGAUGAUCCAGGUUUUAGCAUCUGGCUUUUGCAUGCAGGAUGGCUAUUAGUUUCUCUUUUAUUUUACUGUUUCACAUUACACUUACUUCAGCUGGUGCCAUGUUCUCAGACCACAUUUGCCUAGAAUUGACUCUUGCUUCAUCAGUUUCAAAUUAUAUAAUUGAAUCCUUAGGGCUGUGGCCAGUGUGGCUUACAAUACACUUCCUGAUGCCACUUGCAUUUUCUCCUGACUGAAAAUCGAUUUAGAAACAUUACUUUAGAGACAAAAUCCCUCAUUCUGUCCAGCUCAUUUGUAUAAGGGACACUUCCUGGAGUAUAUUUCCUCGGCAAAUCUACACUCAUUAUGUUACACAUCCUGGACGACUGGAAAUUGCAGAAGAAUUUCCAGAAUAGCAUUAGAAGUUAGUUCCUGGACCCAAAACCACCAAACUUUCCUGUGAGUAUCCAACUGGUUAUGGGUAUUCAGUGCAGACACUCAGAUAUUAAGUACUUCAUCCUUUUUUUAUAGAUAGUAUGUUUAUAUUUCCCUGGGAGCUGCAUGUGUUAUCUAACACCUUUCUGAUACUGAACUUAAUUUCUCAUUCCAUCAUUACUAAGAUUCUGGUAGUACCUACCUAGUACUGGAGGGCUAAGUAGCUCAUCUACUUGCAUGAGAUACUAAACACACAGUUUUAUAUUACCCCGUGACAGAGUCAAAUCCAUUAUGCUUGGUUGUUCAUGGCCAAAAACUGUCUUGUCACAUUGCUGUCAAACCUGCCUAUUAAGUUUUCAGGAAUUUUCUCUCUCAUUCAGUCACUGAGACAAUAACCACCGAAACACAGGCAACACACUGCCUGUAUUCUACUCAGACCUAUUGCAAAAGUGCUGCUGGUCUCAGUGAACUGGAGUUUGACCUCACUUUUACUUUGGGGAUAUUUAUUUUGACAGGACAAUCAGAGUUUCACAAGAUUUUAAAAACUUUAGAAGUAAUAAAAAUUGUCAAAAUUUCUGGUGUUAGCCUGAAUACAUUCAUAAGAUCAGCAAAAGGCUGUGAAGAUAGCAGAGUAAAAUACACAAAUGCUUUUUUAAUAACAUGUCAAAAACAGUCAUAUUUCACAGUUUUUAAAAGUAGUCCUAGUAAUUGGUGGCAGUUUCUUACAUUUGUGCCCUGGAGUACUUUGUACAACUCCUUUACUUGCGUCAUAAUGACUUUUUCUAACUAAACAGCAUAAUUGAAGAAGCGUUAACUGUUUUAUUGUUCCAGUUAGACAGAAUUUAGGACAAGGCUGACAUUUCUUAAACUGUCUGCAGUGGAAAAAAUCAGAAGACAAAUUAGAAAAGGAAGUAACACAAUGUACUGCAAACUGCUUAAAGCUGCAAAGAAAUCCCUCUACGCAAAUUACUUUUUUUUAACAUAGUUUAUAUAAAUCCUGAAACACACUAGGAGAAAAUAGCCACUUUUUUUUACUGAUUAAAUAACCUAUAUACACUUUUGACACAGUAACAAUGAUUUUGAAACAAGGCUUAUAGAGCCAUGUAAAGUGGAUAUACCAUCAGGGCACUACAUUGGCUGCCUAACUUAAAUGAAUACAUGUUCUUUCUUCAGUCUGUGGUUUUAAACCAUGUCUGUCCUGUUAGCUAGUUUACUUAAGCAUUUGUUUUCCUAGCAGACAUGGAGGCUGGUCUUCGUUUAUUUACCUCCAUGAAGAGAAAGCACUGUUCUCUUUGGGGAUGGUGAGCAGCCAGGUAGAAGAGGCAUGUGUCAUCCCAACUGUAACUUUGUCUCUCUCCAGGGAUGCUGCUUUUCUUUCCACCAUCUGAGGCAGCAUGUUGAUAACUGUGCUGAGAGACUUCCAUUAAUAUGUUUUCAUUCAUUACAUACCAGCUGCUUUGGAAAAAGAAGUUAUAAGAAGCUGAGGAAACUUUGUGUGAGAUGGUAGGAGUUUUCCCAUCCUUUUCUUAUUAUGUGCAGUCGUUGGUG